AUAUUUGAUGCUUGGAGAUUCUAACUCUGCAGGAGUCAUGUCAGGGGACCUCUGGAGCCAAUCUGCUUGGGCAGAGGAGUGAUAAUUAUUCAUGGGCUCCUGCCUCUCUCCCCUUCUUUUGCACAGCCCCACUCUGCUGACUCAGUGCCUUAGUCUUCUCUCUCUCUUCACUGCUGUAGCUGGACCUCUUUGCCUUCACAACCUCUGAGCAUCUGUACAACCCACAAUGGCUAAAACUGCAAUGGCCUACAAGGAAAAGAUGAAGGAGCUCUCAAUGCUUUCUUUGAUCUGCUCCUGUUUUUAUCCUGAGCCUCGCAACAUCAAUAUAUAUACAUAUGAUGAUAUGGAAGUUAAGCAAAUCAAUAAACGUGCUUCUGGCCAAGCUUUUGAAUUGAUCUUAAAGCCACCAUCUCCCGUCUCAGAAGCACCACGAACUUUAGCUUCUCCAAAGAAGAAAGAUGUGUCCCUUGAUGAGAUCCAGAAAAAACUGGAAGCUGCAGAGGAAAGGAGAAAGUCCCAGGAGGCUCAAGUGCUGAAACAGCUGGCAGAAAAGAGAGAACAUGAGCGAGAGGUCCUUCAGAAGGCUUUGGAGGAGAACAAUAACUUCAGCAAAAUGGCAGAGGAAAAACUGAUACAGAAAAUGGAACAGAUCAAAGAAAACCGUGAAGCUAAUCUAGCUGCUCUUAUUGAUCGCCUUCAAGAGAAGGAAAGGCAUGCUGCUGAGGUCCGCAGAAACAAGGAGCUCCAGGUGGAACUGUCUGGCUGAGCCCAGCAGUGGAGAGGAUGGGAUUGCUCCCCACCACUCCCUAAACUCCCCUGCCUAUAUUAUUACAGAUCAUGAGAUAUUAGUAUGGGAAAUGUAUGACAUGGUUUAAAAAAAAAAAGAAUCAACUCAAUAAAAAAAACAAUGCAGUCUUUACAGAAUGGUUUGCUUGAUGUUUAAAAAUAAAACUUGGAUCUUAUUUUGUAAAUACUUACAUUUUUGUUAAAAAAUACAAGUAUUGCAUUAUGCAAGUUAUUUCAUAAUCUUUACAUGUCCUGUAACAGGCUUUUGAUGUUGUCUAUUUCCAUUCAGUUGAAUUUGUUAGAUCUGUUCCUCUGAAGGUCUCUGCAGCAAAAUCCCUCCCUCCCUGGCUGUUUUCAUUUCAACUGAGCAACCAAGUCAAUUGAAAGUCUAUGGUGCUAGAAUCCAGUGAUUGCCUAAUUACCUAGAACGCUUUGCAAUCAAUAACCUUUAUUAAGACAGUAAGGAGAUUACAGGCAUCAUGAAGUGAUGUAAUGGUCCUGGUAACACGCUCCUUGAACACUGCACAAUCAUAACAUAGUUACUAUCUCCACAAUCUGCUAUAUAACAAAUCAGAAACUAAAAUGAUAUUCACAGUAAUUAUUAACUCUCCCUUCAGAAGAAAACAUCUGAUUUUGAAAGAUAAAUGUCAUCAAUGAGAAAGCGAGUGGAAGCAAUACUGGGCCAUAUUUUUUAAA